CUCUGUGCCCCCCCCCUCUCGCUCUCCUCUCUUUUCCUUUCUUAAAACUAAAUUUUUCCGUUAAAACUUUACGUUCACACCCGGUGAACCGUUAACCGGUGACGGCCCCCCGCCCCCCCCACCAGAAGCGUCCACUGGACCGGACGAACCACCGGAUUACCGAGAGUUUCUCCCGUGAUUCGCCGCCCAGCAGCGGGCCUCAACUUCUCCGUCUCACCGACUUUCUGCUCGUUAACGGUCGGGUUUACUGGUCGGUGACGUCAUCCCCCGGGGGUAAAGUUGACCUCCCCCCCUCCAGGCACACCGGAGGAGACGUUAUUAACCAGGACCAGGUGACCACGUGACCAGGACCAGGACCGUCUCGUGCGUUCGUCGGUUGUUUUGAUUGGUGACCGGAGACAUGAGGACCGUGUGAACCGAUCAGCGCGUGGCCUCCACGAGACUCCCCGUUUUCCUCCGUUAGAGGUGGAGUAGGCGGGGCUUAGUGAUGACGGGCGCCUCGGUGAAGGUGGCGGUGAGAGUCCGUCCGUUCAACUCCAGAGAGAUGGGACGCAACGCUAAGUGUGUGAUCCAGAUGAAGGGGAACACCACUUGUAUCUCCAACCCCAAACAGCUCAAAGAUGGAGCCAAGAACUUCACCUUUGACUAUUCCUACUGGUCACACACCACGCCGGAGGACCCCAGCUUUGCGUGUCAGAGGCAGGUGUAUAAGGACAUAGGAGAGGAGAUGCUGCUUCACGCCUUUGAAGGAUACAACGUGUGCAUCUUUGCGUACGGUCAGACGGGGGGAGGGAAGAGCUACACCAUGAUGGGCAAGCAGGAGCCUGGACAGGAAGGGAUUAUACCACAGCUGUGUGAGGACUUGUUCCAGAGAACAGGAGAGAACUCUGAUCCAGACCUGACCUACUCUGUGGAGGUGUCCUACAUGGAGAUCUACUGUGAGCGGGCCCGUGAUCUUCUGAACCCAAAGUCUCAGGGGACCCUGAGGGUCCGGGAGCAUCCCAUCCUGGGCCCCUACGUGGAGGACCUGUCCAAAUUGGCCGUGACCGGGUUCACCGACAUCCGGGACCUGAUGGACGCCGGCAACAAGGCUCGGACGGUCGCGGCCACAAACAUGAAUGAGACGUCGUCCAGGUCUCACGCUGUCUUCACCAUCGUCUUCACCCAGAAACGACGAGACCAGAUGACCAGCCUGGACACGGAGAAGGUCAGUAAGAUCAGUCUGGUGGACCUGGCUGGAAGCGAGAGGGCCGACUCCUCGGGGGCAAAGGGCACACGGCUCAAGGAAGGAGCGAACAUCAAUAAAUCUCUGACCACGCUGGGAAAAGUGAUUUCUGCUUUGGCCGAAAUGCAGAGCAACAAGAAGAGGAAAAGUGAUUUCAUUCCCUACAGAGACUCUGUUCUCACCUGGCUGCUGAAGGAAAACCUGGGAGGAAACUCUCGGACGGCCAUGAUCGCUGCUCUGAGUCCUGCUGACAUCAACUAUGAAGAAACACUGAGCACCCUGAGAUAUGCUGACCGUGCAAAACAGAUCCGCUGCAACGCCAUAAUCAACGAGGAUCCGAACGCCAAACUGAUCCGAGAGCUGAAGGGAGAAGUGGAGCGACUGAGGAACCUGCUGUUCUCUCAGGGCCUCCAGGAGCUGCUGGACAACGCUGUCAACAACAACAACAACGGUCCUGCUGGUGUUUCAGGUGUGUCCCCCUCCCCGCUGCAGCUGGCUCUCACAGCCAAUGGGGUCACACCUCAGAAUGGGUCCGCCCCCUCAGAUGCUGAGCCGGCGUCCGUCGGUGGCGUACCUACCGACGCCGACCACCUGAUGGAGGAAGGAGACGAGGGAGAGGAGGGAGAGGAGGGAGAGGAGGCGGAGCCCAUCAGUAAAGAGGAAGCCGCUGAGAGACUGCUGGAGACGGAGAAGAUCAUCGCAGAGCUGAACGAGACGUGGGAGGAGAAACUACGAAAGACAGAAUCUAUUCGCCUGGAGAGAGAGUCCCUGCUGGCAGAGAUGGGUGUGUCCAUUAAAGAAGACGGGGGGACGCUGGGCGUCUUCUCUCCUAAAGGAACUCCUCACCUGGUCAACCUGAACGAGGACCCUCUGAUGUCCGAGUGUCUCCUGUACUACAUCAAGGAGGGCUUCACCAGGGUUGGACAGCAGGACGUGGACAUCAAGCUGUCGGGUCACUUCAUCAAAGAGAUUCACUGUGUGUUUGUGAGUGAGACCAACGAGCAGGGAGAAGGUGAGGCGGGGUCUGUCUCUCUCUCUGUCUGUCUCUCUCUGUCUCUGUCUCUCCCUUUCUGUCUCUCUCUCUCUCUCUCUCUCCCUUUCUCUCUGUCUCUCUCUCUCUCUGUCUCUGUUACCUCCACCCAGGAACAAGAAUCAUUGAAGCUCAUAUCAAGUUUCUCCACAUGAGACGUGUGAGAACCAGGAACCCUUUAGAGUGUUUGUGGUGUUUGACUUUACUUCGGUUCAUGAGUGAAUCGUGUUGUCUUCACUCUAGAGCUCACUAAAGCUCCAGCAUCUUAUAAACUGCUCCAGCAUCUUUAUAAACUGCUCCAGCAUCUUUAUAAA